AUGUCUUUUCUUAAUGGAAAGAAGAAACAGAGUAGUUUCUAUGAAAGUGCUGUCAAUGAAGAUGAUUCGGCGGAUAUAUUCCAAGUGGUGUCUCAUGGUAAUGUAGCCAAGCUACAACCUCUGAUAAAGAUGAACCCUAAUUGUCUGAGGAGUGUAGAUUCAUCCAAUUCAAGCCCUUUGCACUAUGCUGCUGGAGGUGGACGUAUUCAGAUGAUACAAGCAAUCGUAAAAACAACGGGCUCUGAAGGUUUAAACAUAACAAAUAACAAAGGGAAUACACCCCUGCAUCUUGCUGUUAAAAACAAACAGUUAGAAAGCUGUAGAACACUGCUUGAAUUAGGAGCGGACCCAAACAUCCUGAACGUCAACUUAAUGUCUGCUUUGCACAUGGCUGUAAACUUAAGACACAACGACAUUGUUGAGGUGUUACUGUCUCACAGCAGUGUAGACGUGAACCUGGAAGGAGAUCUUGGAAACACCCCAGUUAUGUUGGCCUGUUGUAUCGACAAUCAUGAGGCAUUAAAUCUCCUGCUCACACAUGGCGCACAUCUGUGCAGACAAAACAAGCUGGGACAUUUUGCCAUCCAUGCAGCUGCUUUCGCAGGUUCAAAAAAAUCUAUGGAAAUAAUUUUAAAAAAAGGAGAAGAGACGGGACUUCAAAUUGAGCGCCAUAUUAACUAUGUGGACAGAUCCGGUAGUAGCCCCCUUCACUUGGCUGUCCAUGGUGGGAACACUGAAGUGAUUAAACUUUGCAUAUCAAAUGGUGGAAAAAUUGAUUUGCAACAGAGUGAUAAAUCCACUGCACUUCAUUUUGCUUGUACGCAAGGAGCAACGGAAGCUGUCAAACUAAUGCUGUCAACAUACAACGGAGAACAGGAUGUGGUCAAUAUUGUCGACGGAGUUCAUCAGACACUGUUGCAUAAGGCCACAAUGUUUGAUCACGUUGAACUGGUGGAAUACCUGUUGAUGAAGGGUGCCAAUAUUGACAGCCUUGAUUGUGAGUCCCACUCCCCUCUUCUGCUGGCUACAACUUGUGAAGCUUGGCGGACAGUUGAGCUUUUAGUACAGAAAGGAGCUAAUGUAAAGAUAAAAGACUCUUGUGGCUGCAACUUUCUACACUUGGCUGUGCAGCAGCCCAAAGGACUGAAGAAUAUAUCUGAAGACAUUUUACAACGCAAGGACGUCAGGGAGCUUCUGAAUGAUGAAGACAAUGAGGGGUGCACUCCGCUUCAUUAUGCAUGCAGACUAGGAAUCCAAGAAUCAGUAACUAACAUGCUGGGGUUGAAGGUAUCACUCCAUUUAAAAUCAAAGGAUAAGAAAUCUCCACUGCAUUUUGCAGCUGGGUUUGGCCGUUUCAACACCUGCCACCGAUUGCUGGAAUCUGUGACAGACUGCAGGCUGCUUAAUGAAGGAGACGAGACAGGAAUGACCCCACUCCAUCUAGCAUCUCAGAAUGGACACAUUAAGGUUGUUGAAUUGUUGCUAAGGAAGGGUGCUUUAUUCCUUCGUGAUUAUAAAGGCUGGACAUGCUUACAUUAUGCUGCAAUGGAAGGCUAUACUCAAACUAUGAAAAUACUUUUGGAAACUAACAUAAAGCUUAUAGAUAAGGCUGAUGAAGAAGGGAACACAGCCCUUCAUCUAGCUGCAAGGGAAGGACAUGCCAGUUCUGUAAGCCUUCUGUUGAGUAAAGGAGCGGAGAUUUCACUCAACAAAAGUGAGGCCUCUUUCCUUCAUGAAGCUAUACAUCAAGGGAGAAAGGAAGUAGCAUUUGUCGUCAUUGAGAGUGAAAGGUGCCACGAAGCUAUUACAACGUUUAAAUUGGGAUCUGCGAAUAGAGCUCCGAAACUGGAGAUGAUUGAAUUCCUUCCAGAAAGUUUUAAGUUGCUUUUGGACAGAUCUAUGAAAGAAGCAGAAGAUGAUGUCAGUAGUCAAGACUACUGUAUUGAAUACAAUUUCCAAUAUCUUCAGUGUCCAAUGAAGAAUAAAAAGCUGUCAAAAGAAGAUACACUGUUUAAGUGUCAGCCUCUUAUUUCACUGAAUGCCAUGGUAAAGUUUAACCGCGUUGAGCUUUUGACCCACCCUGUCUGCAGGAAAUAUUUAGAAAUGAAAUGGCAUGCCUAUGGACUGAAGGCACAUGUUCUCAACCUGGCUGUCUACAGUCUUGGUCUGGUGCCUCUAACAAUCCUCAUUGUGAAGCUGAAACCAAAAAUGUCUGUGAAUAGAACAGCACACAAUGGAACAGUGAGAGAGGUGACUAUGAGUACUGAGGCCCUGGAUAAGGAGAACUAUUUUUAUACAAGCUUCAUGAUUCUGGCUCUUGUCAUGAAUCUAUAUGCAAUUGGUAAGGAGAUGGUCCAAGUAUUCCAGCAGCGCUGGAGAUACUUACUUGACUACUCCAAUUUUUUGGACUGGGGUGUAGCAGUCUCUUCUCUUCUCUUUGUUAUCCCCCUCUUGUAUAACUCUCAGGAACUCUGGCCAUGGCAAUGUGGGGCUGUUGCCGUGUUUCACUCCUGGGUCAACUUUCUCCUUUAUAUGCAAAGGUUUGAACGUUUUGGGAUUUACGUAGUGAUGUUUGGUGAGAUCCUCCGAACUCUUGUUUGUAUUAUCCUGCUGUUCUUUUUCUUGAAUUUGGCAUUUGCCCUGGCAUUUUAUGCUAUAAUGCUUGAACAGCAAACAUUUGCAACUCCUGCACUUUCCAUAAUGCAGACUUUUGCUAUGAUGGUGGGAGACAUUGGUUACCAGGACUAUUUUCUUACUCCAUUCAUAAGAAAUAAAUUACCUUUUCCAUUUCUCACCUUUGUAUUUCUCUGCUGGUUUUUACUACUGAUGCCAAUCCUCCUCAUUAACUUGCUGAUUGGUUUAGCUGUUGGAGAUAUUGCUGAGAUCCAGAGAAAUGCUUGCUUGAAAAGGAUUGCUAUGCAGAUUGAACUUCAUACUAGCUUGGAGGAAAAGCUGCCAUACUGGUUUAUGAAACGAGUGGAUCAGGUCAAAGUUACAGUCUAUCCUAACAGAGCCUGUGGGUCAAAGUUUCCUGCCUUCUGGAAUGGCAAUUCUAAAUCAAUAACCCGGCUGAACACAGGCCAUUGCCAGUCAACGCCUCUGGAAGUUGAGGUGCAGAAUCAGAAGUACAGGUUGAAGGAUAUUUCAAUGAUUUUGGAAAAACAGCACAACCUUCUAAAACUCAUCGUUCAAAAAAUGGAAAUAGUGUCAGAAGCUGAUGAGCAGGAUGACACUGAACUGUUCCAGUAUGGCAAUGUGAAGAGGCAGCAGCAACUCAACAAUAAGAGCAAGUGGAAUUAUUUAAUAAAAGCAGUGCAUGACAAAAAACAUAUAUCAAAAAAAAACAUAUCAACGAUUGUAUAACUGGUGUGUAGUGGAGAGUUUGGGUACAACAUGCGGUUAUAAUUUGAUUUGCAAAACAGUACCUCCCAUCAUGCUGUCCUGCUGUGUUACUGGUGUCGGUAG